GCAUGCACGUGGUGUUUGCAUCCGAUUUCAGCUUAGUGGAGGCAAAACUAAGCAGUUCUCAGAGUACUAUUAUAACCAGUUGCACUAUUUUUGGGGCUCUCUCUCUCUCUCUCUCACCUUCCUUUACAGCCAAGCCAAGCCAAGCCAGGCCAGGCCAGAGAGAGUGGUUACCAUUUCCUGACCUUCAUUUUUGUAUAGCCCACACCUCACUGCCUUCCACUAUUCUUCUCUAUUCUCUCUCUAGCUUUGUUUCAAUCUGAAAACUCAAACUUUUGGUACUUGGGUUCAACCCAGGAACACACACCUUCAUAAAGCUAUGAUCUUUAACUGUUCUGAUUAGUUCCUGAGGAACCCAGAAGCAAAAUCCAGAUUCUCUGUUCAAAUGUGGUGUAUUUCUAUGAGGUUUCUGCAAUUCCGGUGAGAGACCCAGAAGUGAAAAUGCUGCUGUUUGGUCAUGAUCCUGAUGGAGAUUCUGGGAUCAAUGGAAGCAGAGUAGCAGGAGGACUUGGAUCUUAUCUCAAUUAGGUCCAACUACCAUAAUGCCAAACGGGUACCCUUUUAAUCAGCAUUAACUCUGUUUAGCAUGAGAAAGCUUCAUACUUUUUGUCUUUCUCAUGCUCUUUUGUGCUUUCUUUGUUUCUAUAUUGGAAUCAUUGCUAUUCAAUCAGUAACUGAGAAAGAGAUUCUGCUUCAUUUUAAAGGAAAUGUAACUAAUGAUCCUCACAAUAGCUUAGGGUCAUGGAUUGUUGGUGGAAAUCCUUGCCAGGAUUUUAGUGGUGUGUUCUGUAACACUGAUGGGUUUGUAGAUAAGAUAGUUCUCUGGAAUACUAGUAUAGCGGGAGUGUUGCCCCCUGCUUUAGCCGAGUUGAAGUCAUUGAGGGUUUUGACAUUGUUUGGGAACAGGUUUGUGGGAAAUUUACCACAAGAGUAUGCUGAUAUUCAAACCUUGUGGAAAAUUAAUGUUAGCUCAAAUGCGUUAUCUGGGUUGAUACCUGAGUUUAUAGGUGAUUUGCCAAACAUUAGGCUUCUGGAUUUGUCAAGGAAUGGUUUUACUGGGGAGAUUCCAACAGCUUUAUUUAAGAGCUGUAACAAAACCAAGUUCAUUUCUUUGUCACAUAACAGUCUUCAGGGUAAAAUUCCAGAAUCAUUGGUUAAUUGCUUGAAUCUUGAAGGGUUUGACUUCUCUUCCAACAACCUCAGUGGUGGGGUUCCUUUGAGAAUAUGUGAUAUUCCAAGAUUAGAUUUUGUAUCAGUGAGAAGCAAUGUGUUAUCAGGGACUGUUGUGCAGCAGCUUUCAGCUUGUAAGAGCUUGAAACUACUGGAUCUUGGUAGCAAUUUGUUUACUGGUGAAGCGCCAUUUGAGAUUGUUGGAUUAAGCAAUCUUUCAUAUUUCAAUGUGUCUCAUAAUCAGUUUAAUGGGAAGAUUCCUGAGAUCACAUCUUGUAGUGAGACAAUGGAGUAUUUGGAUGCUUCGUGGAAUAAUUUGGAAGGAGUGGUUCCUUUGAGCAUUGCAAAAUGUAAAAGUCUCAAGGUUUUAGAGUUGGGAUUUAACAGACUGACUGGGAGCAUCCCGGAGGUGCUUGGGGACCUGGAUAGGCUUUUGGUGAUUCAGUUAUGCAAUAAUUCACUAAGUGGAAUGAUUCCAAAGACGUUGACAAACAUUCAGCUGCUUCAGGUUUUGGAUUUGCACAAUCUCAACCUUGUUGGUGAAAUUCCCAAUGAUAUAAGCAAUUGCAUGUUUCUUCGAGAGCUGGAUGUCUCUGGUAAUGCUUUACAAGGAGAGAUACCUCAGAAGCUUUACAACAUGACUUACCUAGAAAUCCUUGACCUGCAUAAAAAUCAGCUCAAUGGAAGCAUCCCACAAGAGCUUGGAAACCUGUCCAGAUUACAAUUCCUGGAUUUGUCACAAAAUUUUCUUACUGGCUUGAUUCCUUCUUCUCUCAGAAAUCUAUCAAAAUUGACCUAUUUAAACCUCUCCUCCAAUGAUCUAUCAGGCAUUAUCCCCAAAGAAGUCCAAGAUUAUGGCCCCUUGGCUUUCAUUAACAAUCCCUAUCUGUGUGGUGCCCCCCUGGACCAGCCUUGCUUAAAUGGUAAUGGUACUGGAAUUUCUACUUCAAAGAAACCCAAGGCUCUUAGGUUGUCUGCCAUCAUUGCAAUUGUUGCUGCUGCACUGAUUCUUGCUGGAGUUUGUCUUGUAUUCAUAAUGAACAUCAUAGCUCGCAGAAAGAAGAUAGAUGAUGUGACAAUGGUCGUUGAGAGCACACCACUUGGUUCAACUGAUUCAAAUGUCAUUAUUGGGAAGUUGGUUCUCUUCAGCAAAAGUUUGCCCUCAAGAUAUGAAGACUGGGAAUCAGGCACAAAAGCUUUGCUUGACAAAGAAUGUAUAAUAGGUGGUGGAUCCCUUGGUACUGUCUACAGAACUACUUUCGAAGGUGGCAUCUCAAUUGCAGUGAAGAAGCUUGAGACUCUAGGAAGGGUCAGAAACCAAGAGGAAUUUGAGCAAGAAAUUGGACGACUGGGGAACCUUCGGCAUUCCAAUUUAGUAGCGUUUCAAGGUUACUACUGGUCCUCAACAAUGCAGUUAAUGCUAUCAGAGUUUGUCCCAAAUGGAAACCUGUAUGACAAUCUACAUGGUCUUCAUUACCCUGGAACAAGCUCUAGCAUUGGGAAUAGUGAACUCUAUUGGUCUCGGAGAUAUAAGAUUGCUCUUGGAACAGCAAAAGCUAUUGCCUACCUUCACCAUGACUGUAGACCUCCUCUUCUCCAUCUCAACAUCAAAUCCACCAACAUACUCUUAGAUGAAAACUAUGAGGCCAAGUUGUCUGAUUAUGGACUAGGAAAGUUGCUUCCCAUUUUGGAUAAUCAUGGUUUAACCAAAUACCACAAUGCUGUAGGGUAUGUUGCACCAGAGUUGGCUCAGAGUUUAAGACUAAGUGAGAAAUGUGAUGUGUAUAGCUUUGGAGUAAUUCUUUUGGAGUUGGUGACAGGAAGAAAACCAGUGGAGAGUACAGAAAAUCAGGUUGUGGUAUUAUGUGAAUAUGUUAGGGGCUUAUUGGAGGGUGGCUUUGCUUCAAAUUGCUUUGAUAGAAGCUUGAGGGGUUUUGUAGAGAAUGAUCUGAUUCAGGUUAUGAAGUUGGGAUUGAUUUGUACAUCUGAGCUCCCUUCAAGAAGACCAAGCAUGGCUGAAGUUGUUCAGUUUCUUGAGUCCAUCAGAAAUGGGUCAGAAUCAUAGUCAAGUUGAAGCUGCAAAACUAUGUUCUCAAUUAAGUCAAUUCAGCCUCAGAUCAUUAAUUCAUUUUAUACCAGAGUAAAGUCACAGAGCUAGAGUUAGAUGGAAGGGAACUCGGAUCAGUUGGGGGAGUAUAAGGUUUUUACAUAUAGGAAAAAGAAUAGAAUUCUUUUGUAAUCAUUCGAGAUUUUACCCUAAUAAAAUGUUUUCAUAGUCUUCCACUCUUCCUGCAAAUAAAAACAUCCCUUUGACCAUGUUUAAUAUGACAGUCAACUGACUCGACUGCAAAUAAGAACAUGACUAUUGCAACCUGGCAGGUAACAUUUAACCAGGUGCUCUUUUCUUCGUGUCAUGUUUCUUUUGGACUGAAUCUUUUUUU